GCUCAGUCUGUUAGCGCAGCUCCUGAAAAGUGGUCCUCGCUAUGCGUCGCUAUUAGACCCGCCAGAGUUCCACUUGGUUUGCAGAACAAACGUCUGCAGGACAUUUUCGCGAGUUUUCCUAUUGCAAAACGGGUGUAAGACUGUGUUCGGUGUGCGGGAAACGCGUGUUCAAGUGGUGAUCUGCUGUGGUAAUGCUUCUUGGAGCCAUCAUGCCCGAGGAAAGUGCCGCUGCGCUGCUCGUGCCGACGGCGAAAAGUCGCGCCACCGAUUUUUCCAUAGCCGCCAUCAUGGCGAGAGACUCCAGUUCGCCGGAACCCUGUGCGCGCAGCCCGGCGACGCCGGAACGUCUCGCAUCCGAUGGACGCUACUCGCGAUUGAGUUCUCCAAGUCUGGACGCUCCCGAAGACGAUGACAUCGAAGUGGACGUCGAGGAGUGCUCCGACGGGGAACAUUCCUCCGUACGACAGGGAAAACACAAGUCGCGACAAGCAUCGCCGCCGAUGUCCGAUUGUGGGUCCGACGCAGCGGACAUCGACCGCGAGAGCCCCGACCUUGUUCCUGUGACAAAAUCCACCAAAAACAAAAUCUUCUGCAAUUGUGACGAGCUCCUGAGCGUCGAGUGCCAUUUGGAAACGAAAGAUCUCUGGGAUAAGUUCCAUGAUCUCGGCACCGAGAUGAUCAUCACAAAGACUGGCAGGAGAAUGUUUCCAACACUCAGGGUAUCCUUCACCGGAAUCCGACCGGACCAGCGAUAUGCCGUGCUGUUAGAUAUUGUUCCUGUUGAUAACAAACGUUACCGAUACGCUUAUCACCGUUCCUCGUGGCUGGUGGCGGGUAAAGCUGACCCACCAGCACCGAGUCGACUCUACGCACAUCCAGACUCACCCUACUCAGGAGAGCAGUUACGAAAACAGGUCGUCUCCUUCGAGAAAGUCAAACUUACCAACAACGAAAUGGACAAGAAUGGCCAGAUUGUGUUAAAUUCCAUGCACCGCUACCAGCCAAGAAUACACAUCGUAAAGUACCGCGACCAUAGUGGUCCCAUCACGGACCUGGAACAGGAGCAGUAUCGGACGUACAUCUUCCCCGAGACAGUCUUCACUGCCGUGACAGCCUAUCAGAACCAGUUGAUCACCAAGCUCAAGAUUGACUCGAAUCCUUUCGCCAAAGGGUUUCGCGACUCUUCGCGUCUGACAGACUUUGACAGAGAACCAAUGGACAGCCUGUUCAUGGAUCAACACUUUCUACGUUCCUCACUGCGUCUCUAUUCCGGUGACCCGCUGGAUGCAGAGAACAACAACGCCGGUUCGCUCUUCUCCGCCGCCAUGAUGGAGAAAGCUCGCGCACAUAUUCAGAUGUGGGGGCGGGCGACGGGCGGCGCAAGUCCGUACAGUCCCGGUGAAUUGCACGCGCUGCUGCUGAGCGGCGGCGGUGGCACACCGAGCGCUCAACAAGUGUACCUCGGGCAACGGGCAGCUGCGGCAGCCGCCGCCGGUAUGCCCUUGGGUAUGUGGAGUCAAGGUGCUACUUCACCCUGGCAUCAAUCGCAUCAAAUGCACGGCGGUGGUCUUCCUCCGGGUCUACUCGGCCCACCGGCACCACAUCGUCCGCAAAUGACGCCGCCGCCGCCGCCACUCUCAUCGACGCCAAGUUCCUCCGGCUCACCGAGCCCCACUUCCAUUAGCACCUCUUCCGCCGACCUGCGACUACCCAAGGCGAUGCCGGCCUUCCCGUCAAUGCAUCGGUUUAGCCCCUACGCCCCACGCCCCGCCAACCAGCCGUCAGUCAGCCCCAUCGCGCGCUCUUCCCAAUGACUCUAGAUUACUACUGAUGUUUAGGUAAAUUCUACAAAGCGGAGUGCGGCUACAGGCCAAAAAGUAACCAAAGAGUACGUCUUCAUCGUAUAGAGACGCAAAACUUUAUUUUUAUGAUUUUAUCCGUUGAUAAUUUUGCGAGUUUUUUUUUAAGAACUAAAAAUACUAAACUAAAGCAUACUAAUUCGAGAUAAAAACUAUAAAAUGUGAAACUAUAAACAUAAGCGAACAGAAUCUUGUAAAUAGUGGGAGUAAAUAUAUACCUAUAGAUGAUAUAGAUAUAAAACUAUCAAUAUAAUUUAUUUGAUUUCUAUAUAAACAACAAAAGAACGGCGAUGAUGCAAAAAAAAAACGAAAUGUGAACUAUAGAACGGUAGAAAACUAAAACUUAUUCCAAGCAAGUAUGUACGAGUAAACUGAAUUAUUGAGUAUGUAAAUGUGGUAGUAUAUACGAGUAUAUUUUGUACGAAAGUAUUAGACUAGAAAAUUUCUUGCAAAUUCAGGACAUGAUGCAGUAUUAAAACCCCUAAAAGAAAAUAUCCAAACAAAACCAAACCAAAUUGUGCAUAACAAAAAGAAAAAAGUAAAAUAAAAAUAGUUGGAUGUUUUUGGUAUAAAAAAAAUUACAUAAAUUUAACGUGUGCACAGGUACUUUUUCUGGUUUAAAUUAUUCGAAAAUGUGAAAACACGCUCUAGAGACGAGAUUGAAGAAUGCAAUACAUUUUUUUAUUAUUAUUACUAUUAUUAUUAUUAUGUUGAGAUAUCCAAAUUUGUUGUUAUGUAAAUACUAAACGAAUAAGUGGACUAUAAAAUAUACAUGAGUAUAAAAGA